AUGAAGGGAUAUAGGAAAUUCUUCCCCCCUCCCCAAUAUGAGCAUGCCCACAAGGCAAGGAGACCGCUAGUAGGUGAAGCCAAAGCCAAUGCCGUUGGUCUCAACUUUGUCCCCAUCUCCCUCUUUUCUGUGUUCUGCAAGGUGACGGAAAGCCGGGGGAUCCUGGAGAGCAUCCAGAGGUUCUCCUUGCUGCCGACAUAUCUGCCUGUGAGUUACCACAUCCACAAUGCAGAUGUUUCCUUCUUUCUGAAAGAAGCAAACCAGGAUAUCAUGAGGAACUCUAGCCUUCAAUCUCGAGUGGAGUCCUUCCUAGUCUAUAAAUCCAAGAGGCCGCCCAUCCUGAAUGCAACGUAUGGGCCUUUUUCUAUCGAGCAGGUGGUUCCCCAGGACCUAUUGUCACCUUCGAAUCCAUUUGGAGCGACUGCCCCCAAGUUCUCUUUUAACUGGAAGUUGAAGGCGUACAUCAUGAACAACAAAGUCUACCUAAGCCACCCCAAAGUCCAGAUCCUGUUCUAUAUAGUCGGGAGGGACUGGGAUGACUACAGCGUCACUGAAAAGCUGCCAUGCUUAAGGGUCUUCGCUUUUCGAGAGACAAGGGAAGUCCGAGGGAGCUGUCGGCUGAAAGGAGAUCUGGGGUUGUGUGUGGCUGAGUUGGAACUUCUUCCUAGCUGGUUCAACCCACCAACGGUAGUUGCUGGCCGUAAGAAGCUGCUGAAUCAGUCGGAAGGGAGCCCAGUGGAACUUUAUUAUGCUAUCCAACCAGGGGACGAGAAAGGGGAUUGUGCUAAGGAGGAUCUAAGGAAGAACAAUGGGAUCAGACCUGGGCGCAAUGAUAUUGAUGAAUCGGGGCCACCCUUGCAGCGAAUUGGGAGUGUUUUCCUCUACCAGACACAAGGUAGCCCUUCCUUAAGUGAAAUGUGGUUGGAUAGCAACAUUGCUAUCCAGUAUAUACCAAAGACUGUCAAGCAAGGGGAUGUUUUGACCUUUCUGGUGUCCAUUGCUAAAAAUUCAACAGAGGACCAGUUCACCUUGAGGGCAAAGGUGAAGAAAGGCGUGAAUGUUUUCAGCAUAAGAGCCAGCAAUCCAUACACAUGGGACGUCCAGAAGAGUGUGGAUUAUAUUGGGAAAUAUGCACCGGCUGUUAUAUUUUGCCGAAGAAAAUCUACCCCCUUGGGAAAGAGCACCAAUGCUCCACCCUCUGAGAUCAUGCAAAUUGAUUUUGAAAUAGAAGAUCUUAGCGAAUUGCCAGACACCCAGCUUAUUACGUGGCAAGUCGAGUAUCCAGGAGACAGAACAUCUGACCUUGGCAUCUCCAAGAUCUACGUAAGCCAGAAAGAUCUAGUUGGUGUUCUUCCAUUGGCGAUGGAAGCAGAGAUCUUGAACACUGCCAUUCUCACUGGGAAGACUGUUGCUGUACCUGUCAAGGUGGUCUCAGUGGAGGAUGAUGGGACCGUCACUGACCUUCUAGAAUCUGUGGAGUGCAGGUCCUCCGAUGAAGAUGUGAUUAAGGUCUCCGACAGAUGCGACUACGUCUUUGUCAAUGGGAAGGAAAUGAAAGGGAAAGCAAACGUCCGUGUCCAUUUCAUGUACCAGCAUCUGAGUGCCCCCCUGGAGAUGACCGUGUGGGUACCCCGCCUCCCUCUGCAGAUCGAGGUCUCUGACACAGAGUUAAAUCAGAUCAAGGGGUGGCGGAUCCCCAUCGUCUCAAAUAAGAGGUCAGCUAGGGACAGCGAUGACGAAGAGGAGGAUGAGCGGAAGGGAAGAGGCUGCACCCUCCAGUACCAGCACGCCAUGGUGCGGGUCCUCACACAGUUCGUAGCCGAACCCUCAGAUCCUGGCGGGCAGAUGGCCUACCUGCUGGGCUCAGACUGGCAAGUCGACAUCACUGAGCUGGUGAGCGAUUUCAUACAAGUGGAAGAGCCGAGGAUCGCAAAGCUGCAAGACGGGCAGGUGCUUGUUGGACAAGAGCUGGGGAUGACGACGAUUCAGAUUCUGUCUCCGCUUUCUGACGCCAUCUUGGCUGAAAAGACUGUGACUGUCCUCGACGAGAAGGUGACUAUUACUGACCUGGGGGUCCAACUGGUAACCGGGCUUUCCCUCUCCUUACAACUGAGCCCAGGAAGCAACAAGGCCAUCUUUGCUACAGCGGUAGCCCAGGAAAUUCUCCAGGUGCCAAAACAGGAAGCUGCUAUAAGCUGCUGGAUCCAGUUCAGUGACGGGGCAGUCAUGCCCUUGGACCUAUAUGACAUCAAGGACUUCUCUCUGGUGGCAACCUCUGUAGAUGAGAAGGUGGUCUCCAUUCUCCAGAGCCCCAAAUUCAAAUGGCCCCUUGUCGUUGCCGAGUCAGAAGGCCAGGGGCUGUUGGUGAAGGUGGAGAUGGUGAUCAGCGAAUCGUGCCAGAAAUCUAAACGGAAGAGUGUCAUGGCUGUCGGGAGUGGGAAUAUCAAGGUCAAGUUUGGUCAAAAUGAUGCCAACCCCAACACUAGUGACAGCAGGCAGGUUGGGGCCAGCGUGCACUUGGAAAACCACACCAGUGACAGGCGUCAGAAGACAACCCUGCAGGAGGGGUCUCGGCAAGAUGGGCCUUAUUACAGCUCAUCGAUGGGCCAGGAAGAAACCAGGGGGGCCAGCACACAAAAGUCAAUUCUUAGUAAAAAGGAGGACCGCGAGAGCCUUCUAGAUGAUGACAGCCAUAUGCAAAACAUCCCAAUAGACUUCACCAGCUUGCCGGCACAGGUGGACUUGCCAAUGAGCAAUGGAGAUCUGGAAGAGAACGACCUUGUGGAGACGCCCAGGGGCCUAAGUGACUUGGAGAUUGGAAUGUAUGCUUUGUUAGGUGUCUUUUGCUUGGCCAUACUAGUCUUCCUUAUCAACUGCAUCACCUUUGCCUUGAAGUACAGGCACAAGCAGGCUCCCUUUGAAGAGCAAGAAGGCCUGAGCCACUCUCAUGACUGGGUAGGACUAAGCAAUAGGGCAGAACUGCUGGAGAACCACCUUAAUUUUUCCACCCAGCAAGAGGAGUGCAUCACAGCCAUUGACCAAGGCAUAGACUUGGAGGAGAGCAAGUACCUCCUGGAUGCCAACACCCAGAAGAACCUCAACGGCCAAGUCUUCCGGUCCUCGGACCCCACAGCCACCCCCGAAGGGAAGGAGCAGAAGAGCGAGCAGACCGCCUCACCAACCUCCAAGCGGAAGCGGGUCAAGUUCACCACUUUCACCACCAUCUCUUCAGAUGGCGGCUGCCCUACCGUCAACUCUAUCUUGACCAGCAGUGAGGAUGAUAUCAAGUGGGUUUGUCAGGACAUGGACCUGGGGGGAUGUAAAGAACUAAGGAACUAUAUGGAACGGCUACAUGAAAAUGUGUAA